GCCAAGCCGCCCGGCCCGCGGCCGCCACCUACCUGUGCCCCUGCCGGGGGCAGCGAGCGGCUGCACCUCACGGGCGGCUCCUUCCUCCACUGAGCGGCUGACCAGGAAGCGGCUCGGCACCUAGGCCACAAAGCCCGUGAGGGCUACACAUUUUGAGAUGAGGAAGGUGGAUCUCUGUUCGAGUACUGAAGGGACUGAGGUGAUUCUGGCUACCUCGAGUGAUGAGAAGCACCCACCUGAAAAUAUCAUCGAUGGGAAUCCAGAAACAUUUUGGACCACCACAGGCAUGUUUCCCCAUGAGUUCAUUAUUUGUUUUCACAAACAUGUGAAGAUUGAAAAGCUUGUGAUCCAGAGUUACUUGGUUCGGACCUUGAGGAUUGAAAAGACCACAUCUAAAGAGCCCUUCGAUUUUGAGCAGUGGGUUGAAAAAGAUUUAGUACACACAGAGGGGCAGCUUCAAAAUGAAGAAAUUGUGGCACGAGAUGGCUAUGCCACUUUCUUGAGAUUCAUUAUUGUCUCAGCCUUCGAUCAUUUUGCAUCUGUGCACAGCAUUUCUGCAGAGGGAAUAACAGUCUCAAGUCUUUCUUAGUAAUUACAACAGUGCUCUGAGCUACUUUUAAAAUACAUUGAUUGAAACACAAAGUUAUCUUUGAUAUGUUUACUAUUAAGUAUAUCGUAUCGCUAUUUCCAUUUUAUUCAUAUUUCUUCAGUGUUUUGGGCAAAGAAAUUCUGGUUCCAUGAAUCAGCAGUGUUGGAGGAUAUGAGGACUUUUUAAUUCAAUAUACAGAUUAAUCAAGGAAAUGACUGUAUAUGAAAAUUUAUCUAUAAUUCAUUGUGCCUCCAUGGCAUCUACUAUAGAGCCCAUCAAAUCUCAGUGCAUUAAUUUUUAAUGAUGUAUUUAUU